UAAUCAAAAUCCGAGCUGGAACCCUGAAGGAGCUAAGGAAGAACCAUUCGAAAAGGAAAAAGAGCCAAAGAAGAAGCUGCAGCCUGCACGCUGCAGUUCUCACACGUAACAGCGAAGGAAUCCACGUUUACAGCAAUACCCUCAGAAAGACAUCGUCGCACGCCGCAACAAUGGUGGGCAAUAUAGUAAUCUAAGAGGACUCCAGAGAAACCGUUGCAAAUUAAUUGUUCCGUACGAUCGCCGGAGGACGAUACAACCGACCUAUCAUAUCGGUGUGCGUUCUAUAGCAGGCUAUGUCGUUCUAUUACUUGAUUAUGUUUAAUAAUAUGGGGCACAGGAGGCGUUUGAUACUGGCAAUUUUUGUUGUUUUUCUAUUCGUUUUAUCUUCUGGAAGAGAACUUCAGGUCAAGCACAAGCACAUAGAUCAUCUCCCCGUUUACAAUCAUACUCUUGCAACAAUAUUGGUGGAAUAUGCUUCUGCUGUUUAUCUGUCAGAUAUGACUGAACUGUUUACUUGGACAUGCUCAAGAUGCAAUGAUUUGACUGAGGGAUUCGAGAUUAUAGACCUGAUUGUUGACAUUCAGCACUGCUUACAGGCAUUUGUUGGUGUGGCAAAGAAUCUUAAUGCCGUAGUUGUUGCAUUUCGAGGAACUCAGGGACUCAGCAUACAGAAUUGGGUUGAAGACUUAUUCUGGAAGCAGCUUGAUCUAAAUUACCCUGGAAUGCCUGAUGCAAUGGUCCAUCAUGGAUUUUAUUCUGCUUAUCAUAACACAACAUUACGUCCUGCAAUUCUAAAUGCAAUCAAAAGAGCAAAUGAUUAUUAUGGAGAUCUUGACAUCAUGGUGACAGGGCAUUCAAUGGGAGGGGCUAUGGCUGCCUUUUGUGGACUUGAUCUAACUGUUAACCAUAAAGCAAAAAGUGUGAUGGUUAUGACAUUUGGACAGCCUCGUAUCGGAAAUGCAGCGUUUGUAUCUUACUAUAGCCGAUUUGUGCCAAAUACAAUCCGAGUAACACAUGACCGUGACAUUGUUCCUCAUUUGCCUCCAUAUUACAGUUACUUCCCUCAAAAGACGUACCAUCACUUCCCGAGAGAGGUGUGGCUGUAUAACGUUGGAUUAGGAAGUCUGAUCUACAGGGUGGAGAAGGUCUGUGAUGAUACUGGUGAAGAUCCUACCUGCAGCAGGUCAGUAAGCGUGACCAGCAUUUUAGAUCAUUUAAUUUAUUAUGGCAUUGAUUUAAGGGGGAGGGCAAGCAUUUGUGGAAUUGUAAUGGAUCCUCGUGUAAAGGAAUAUGGUAGAACAGAUGUUGAAGGAAAUUUUGUAUUGUCCAGGGAUCCUGCCUCGCCCAUUCUUAAACUGAAAACAGACAUGUAUGCCGGAGGCAAUCAUGUAUAGUCGGGUCAGGGCAAGAUUUCCCUCGUUGAUUUCCUCCCCAGCCAACUUAACCUUCAUCGUCUCUUUGGCACUUUUCUAGGAGGUUUGGAUGUAGAAUGUUGCUAUGUGCCUGGCCACCUGGGUGGGGAGUACAUAGAUAUUGAAUUCUGUACAUUUCCAGCCUUUGUUUAUAUGAACACAAAUACAAAUGUGUAUAUUGUUUAAACCAUUCUUAUCGAGGUAUUCCACAUAUACUGUUCUAUGUUCAGAAA